AUGCAAGCUUCGUCCUCCAAGGGGAUGUCCUCUUCAUCUUCCACCUCUUCUUCUUCCUCGGAGACCAGAGGCAAGUCCAAAAAAUGGGUGGACAAAAGCAGCACAGAGUACAGGGUGAGGAGGGAGAGGAACAACAUAGCGGUCAGGAAGAGCAGGGACAAGGCUAAGGUGAGGAAUGCUGAGACCCAACAGAAGGUGGUUGAGUUGUCCAACGAGAACGACAAGUUGAGGAAGAGGGUGGAACAGCUCAGCAGGGAGUUGGAGACUCUCAGGGGCAUCUUCAGGCAGCUUCCAGAGAGCUCUCUGGUCAAAGUGAUGGGUAACUGUGCAUGA